AGGAGGAAAGAGGGCUGGGGAGCCAAGCCAGAGCCGGGUUGCCUGCCACCCGGCUGCACGUUUGUGAGCUGAGGAGUGCACCGCCAGUCUCUGACAAAGGAUGGGAGGAUGCCACUGCCCUGGGAUGCCGGCUGCGCGCAGCCUGCCGGCUGCCUGAGCUACUUCACCCUCCCCGGAAAUGUACCCAAAAAGACUUCUGAGAGCUUGUUUUCUGCUGUCCUACUGUGACUAAGCAAGACACUGCCAUAUUUUAGUUGCAUGGCAGUCGAUCAUCUGGACUCUGGAAUUUGUUCUAAGACCAAUACUGUCUCUCUUGCUUCCUAGUCAUGUUUCUUCUGAAUGGUCCCUAACCUUUAUCCAAGUUUGGCAAAGCAAGGAUAUGAACAGUUCUGCAGGUGGGCUUCUCAGGGCGAGUGAAGCCAUAAGGCAUCCAAUCAGGGUUUGGCCACCUGCAGCCCGGCCAAUAUGCCCCUCCACCAGAUUUCUGUAAUCCCAGCCCGGGAGACAGCCAGCAAUGGGAGAAGUUCAAUGGGCAGAAACAAAGAGAAGAACAAGGAAGUUGAGAAUGAAAAGUCCCCAGGGCGAUCUGCAAGUCGAUCAAGUAACAUAUCAAAAGCAAGCAGCCCAACGACAGGGACAGCUCCCAGGAGCCAGUCAAGGUUGUCUGUCUGUCCAUCUACUCAAGACAUCUGCAGAUCUUCCAUCUUGCAUGACAUGUCAGAAGAUGCAUUUGAGCACUGCACCCCUGUCAUGGUGCUGAGGCACACUAGAAAAGAAUCUGGUAAGAAACCAGUAAGACAAAAUCCUAGGAGGAGGAGAAGGGUCUCUCAGAGAUAUGAGCAUGCAGAAGAGCAAGCCAAGGAGAGAAGAAACGACUUUCACCUCCAGAUCUCAAGUUCAAGGUGGAGAGAACUUGAUAUGGAGUCUUCAGAUUCAUCUUCCACAGAUGAGAGUCACGGGAUUCAGGCAAAAAGACAAGCCCAGGUUAAAGUCAGACUGUCUCGGCGAAGGAGAAAUAAUAAGCCAUGUAGAAACUUGGCUGGGUCUUCCAUUCCUGACAGAAUUGGCCUUGUUGAUCUGGAAUCCAAUGGUGCAAAGCACCAAGAGCUGACAGAAUGUGGGAGUCACACUUUAAACAUCUGUAGAGGAAAAGUCAUAAGGUACCAAGAAUGCAGUCAUCCACUGCCAAGCGCAUCCUUGGUGGAGAAGACACCCGCAGGGAACCACUCAGGGAGUAAAGGCAAAUACUGUCACAGAGAUCCUCAGCCCUUGCAUACACUUAGGCAAAAAGAAACAAUCAAGAAAAGAUUUUCAGAAACUGAUUUCCAUACUGAAAUCCUGGCAGCUGCAAAUGGGAGAGGUUGUGUGGAUGGCUCAGGGCUCCAGCUGAAUACCUCUACCCAGAAGUCUCCUGGUGCUGAUGAUGAUGGCUCUGAAAAUUUCGAAGUGUGCAGGAUCUGUCACUGCGAAGGAGAUGAAGAGAGCCCACUCAUCACACCCUGUCGCUGCACAGGAACCUUGCGCUUUGUCCACCAGUCCUGUCUCCACCAGUGGAUCAAGAGCUCAGACACACGGUGCUGUGAGCUCUGCAAGUAUGACUUCAUAAUGGAAACCAAGCUCAAGCCCCUGCGGAAGUGGGAAAAGCUCCAGAUGACCACGAGCGAAAGGAGGAAAAUAUUCUGCUCUGUCACGUUCCACGUCAUCGCCGUCACCUGCGUGGUGUGGUCCUUGUAUGUGUUGAUAGACCGGACAGCGGAGGAAAUCAAGCAAGGUAACGACAAUGGUGUGCUGGAGUGGCCAUUUUGGACAAAACUGGUUGUGGUGGCCAUCGGCUUCACAGGAGGUCUCGUCUUCAUGUAUGUACAGUGUAAAGUCUACGUCCAGCUGUGGCGCAGGCUGAAGGCCUACAACCGUGUGAUCUUUGUGCAGAAUUGCCCAGACACUGCCAACAAACUGGAGAAGAACUUCCCGUGUAAUGUGAACACGGAAGGCAAGGAUGCUGUGGUUGUGCCUGUGCCACAGACAGGUUCGAAUACACUGCCAACUGCAGAGGGGGCCCCGCCUGAAGUUAUACCAGUCUGAUGGAACUGGACGGGAACUUCUUCACGGAAGGAUCUCUGCAACCCCCAGCCACUACGAACAGAAGUGCGUCUGCGCUGGUGGCUUCUUGAGCUUCUCGUUUCCCUUACUGACUUGUUUGUCCUGACUUGGAGCAAAAAGGAAAUGAGAAGAAAAUAACACGUGACCAGGAUCUCAAGAAGCAGAGCCUGCAGUGGGACCUGGAAAGGUGAAGAAUCUUAGGGAAGGAGUUCAUAAGGAAUGGUUGGUACGAGCCAGUCUUCCAAGGGGAUGGACACGUGAUACUCCGAGUAGUGCAGAGGAAAUUCCUGAACAGACUUCAAUUGCAAUGUAUGCUUCUUUGUAGGGUUCUGUAACGUUAGCCUUCUCCACUGGAAACGACACCCACCCACACAUUUGGUCUUAAGCCUGAAAUUGUGUGCAUCAUCCCUAAGUCACACCAGAAGUAAACUUGGAGGACCUGAGAGGUUUUUUUAAAAAAUACUUUUGACAGCUGUUUUUUCUGGCUAUUGUGAAGUCUGGUUAUUUUGACAGAUGCAUGUUUUUAAGUGGAUGCAAUACACAUUUGGGGAUAGAAAUGUUUGGAAUUUUGUUUCAAUGAUGAAGAGAUUUUCAGAGCAUCGUGAAGUUUAGCUAGAACUGUUUUUUGAGCAACUAUCAUGCUGUGGGGUUCUUUCUUGUUGUUGUUGUUGCUGUUGUUGUUUUUUCUGGUCCCUCUUACACAGUGCUCAACAAUAGACAUAUAACAUGAGCUACAAAUACAACCACAGUUGUAAAUCUUAAAUCUCCUAGUGUGCCCCAUUAGGAAAAGUAAAAAUAAAUAGGUCAAUCAAUUUUUAUAAUUUACUUAACACUAUUUAUACAAGUUACUUUAUGUCAUCAAUGGAAACAAUUAUAAAAAUAGCUUUCAUUAUUUUCUUGAACCAAUUCUUCAAAAUUCUGCAUGGACACCUCAAUAUGAAUGAAGUGUGUUGGACAGGACCUAAUUAAGAAUAUCAGCUGCCAGAGCCCUUGGAUUAGAAACUGCAUCUCUGUUUCAUUUAAGUUAUUUUAAAACAGCAGUUUAAUCCAUCUUUCUGUUUUGCAGUUUCAUCUAAAGGUUACGAUUUACAAGCACCAAACUCACCAAAUUAAGUAACCUGGUUUGAUUUCAACCAAGUUUCAAAGGGGCGAAAAAAUCUAAGGUAUAGGAAGUCAGUAAAAUGUGUAGCAAUGUUAUGAAGGUAACUUCUGCAUAGAAACUAUAAAGUAACUAUGAUAGGGAAAUAAACAUUUAUUUUGCUACUAAAUCAGGUGUUAAGGAUUUUAAAUCCACAUGAAGUAUCAACGUGACACGGGUAUCUUAAGGACCUCAACCCCACGUUUGAACCUGACAGUAUUUUCCUCACUCAGCUCAUUCAAUACAUUCCAUGGUGAGUGAUAAGCUGCGUUGUGGGCCCAACACCUGAUUACAGCUCUACACAGAUUCCAAUAAACUGAUAUGAGAACUACCAUGAGUGGGUGAAUACUCACAAACCGUGACCUGUCAAAACCAGACAGCCACCUUGUUUUAAAGUGACUUUUGUUGUCGUUGUUAGCUGUCAUUAUUUAUUAUCCUGAAAAGGCAGAGAUGGCCAUAAAAACCAAAGCAUGGGCAUCAUGUUGCACAACUCUGGGUUCCAUAUCCAUGCACUUUGUAAUAAUCAGUGUUUGUUCUUCGUGGAUGAUAAAGGAAAAGGAAAAACAAAAGGAUCCUUCAAUGAGAAGAGUAUUUGUGGUGAUUGACACUGGAUCCAAAUAGUCCCACCCUUAGAAAUAGACAUAGUAAACAAUGUCAAGUGUGUGUGUGUGUGUGUGUGUGUGUGUGUGUGUGUGUGUGUGUGUGACAUGUAUAUUCAUGUAUAUAUGCAAGAGAAAUGUUAAGGUCAAGCCAAGAAACAAAGGGUUAAUACUCAUCUUCCUUAAAAGUGUGCAGGAGGGACAUGGCGUCAAUAGACACAGACAAAGCAAUGGACAUGACUGAUGUAGACCAGGCCUUCAGCACAAAUAAGCAGAACCUUGCAUUAACUUCCUGAAAGGUUCCAUUCUAAAGAUUUAAGAACAGGAAGAGCAGAGGAAGGGCGGGUGCUCUGUAAGUUCACACAAAGGCAUUAACCAUCGUUUAGUUUCUCUGUAUAGUUCUCCGCGCGCUUCCUAGGAUGGCAAUUUGUUGUGGACCAGGACUGCACAAGAAGAGGUCUACAUCUUCUUGCAAGUAAAGUGCAAAGUAAAACUGAUUUAUCUUUUCCCCGCAGAAAAUAUACCUUACUUACCACAGAAAAAACUAUCUAAAAGCAAGAUGGUUAUUUGAAUAGCUUGUUUCACAGAGGAAGGAGAUUGGCUCCAUCAUAUUUUUCAAGGUGUAUACCACCACUAAACUAAACAGAAAAGAGACAAGCUUUGCUACAAUGGGGAAAGACAGCAUGCUGCUUUAAAAGUGACAGCUACAUGCUGCAGGUUAACUACUGUAAGCUUUGCCUUUAAAUGAGAAUGAUGGAAUUCUACAGUGUAUGCACCACUCAGUGAUUAUGCUGAUAUCCUCUGAUGCUUUAAAACUCACAAAAGUUUUUUCCUCUAAAUUAUUACCUGAAUUUACUAUUUAUGAUUCAAACAAUCUGCCCUAACUAUUCAUGUAUAUAAUAGAGAUGUAGGACCCGUACUCCUAAUAUUUGAGAAGUUUAGGACUUCAGGGGUAUCCCAAAUUAAAGCCAGCCCAGACUACAUGAGACCUUUCUCCAAAAGUAAAACAAAGAUUUUAAACUCAAUGAAUAAAGCCAGUAUUAAAAACAUCUCUUCAUAUUGUGUGGUAAUGGUGUUUUCUCCUAAUAACCAUGAAAAGGUUUGGCAUUGAUGGCCUGACAUACUGCUCAAAGAGAAAAAAGAAUGGCAUUAUCUUGAAGUGUGUUUACCUGCUUUCAUGUAAAAAAUAAAGUGAAAUUGAAACAAAAUUAUCACUGAGUUUAGAUUAUUAAACUGGAUUUUUAGAAACACAACAUGAAGCUGUGCUAUGAGAAAUGCCAUAAACCAGACUUCAAAAAUGUUUUCUAUCAUGAGCAGACAUUUUCACUAAGGUGUAAUUAUUUCAACAGAAAUGAAUUAAAACACUUAAGGUAGAGCCCAGGACGGAAGAGGUACAUUAGUGGUCAGACCCUUUCUGUCCUCAGACUCCUGGUUGAGCUCUAAGCACACGUACCAGCUCACAACCACCUGUAGCUUCAACUCCACCACAAUGACCUCUUCUGGUCUCUGAUCUCUCUCUCUCUCCUCUGUCUCUCUCUGUCUCUGUCUCUGUCUCUCUCUCUCACACACACACACACACACACACACAUGGGGGUGGGGGGUGGAUCUUUAAAAAGUGACAUGACUCAAAAGCACAUAAAAUUAAGUAUAAAACAGUAAGAAAACCCUACAAAAAUCGAGAAAAGGGCGUAAGAGUACCAAUUACACAGGAUAUUACAAUGCAGGCAUCAGUGUCUCUUGUAAUGUCCCAGGAUCAAAUCCUCACUUUGGCCUGCUGCUGCUGUCACUGAUGAUAUCCCACAAAGAAUCCUCAUUCAUACCUGUAGUUUUCUUUUGUUAGGACAUGGGUUACCCCCAUUUAUUCUUCAAGCUCAAAAUUAAGACCAUUAAUACAAUGACAUCAUUAAGAGAAAUCACAAAGGUGGGGGGUGGGAGGGAGGCCGUUCAUUCCAUCUGUCAGAUAUAAUUUUUCUUGCCUUGCCAAUGGAUGUUUUGGAGCAAAUACUAAGUGUAGACAGUAAAACCUACUGUCGCUAUUGUGACUGGUCCUUCCAUCAGCUCAAUGGUGCUAUUUUACAUAACAAUACAACUAAAAGGAAGCUGUCCAGUUGGGCUGCAGUGUUUCUCCCAUAUCUGAAGAAAGCCCUUGUUGGAAAAUCAGAUAUAACAUUCAACAAAGGAAAAAGUAUUAUUUUAACUGUGUACAAUUUUUGAGAUUGGGCACUGGUACAUUUUAGUUCUACCUAAUGUCUUUCAUUAACAAUUUACUGUUUGUGAGUAAUGUGUGCUUAACAAACUAACUAUCUGUGAAAGACUUUGUAUAUUAAACAAAUGCUCCAAA